GAUAAUGAGAACAAUAUUAUUUAGAUUGUUUCCCCGAAAAAGUGAAACUUUUCGUAACAGUAUUCGGGCCUUAGAAGUGGGCAAAUUUGCCCUAAGUUCUACUGACGGAGUGUGGAAAUGGCACAGGCUUAUGUUGAAGAUACGCUGAUGGUUCGGCAUGAACUGAAACAUGCUAACCUAACAGGACAUGCGGAGAAGGUGGGGCGAGAGAACUUUGAGCUCUUGAAGGUGUUAGGAACAGGAGCCUAUGGCAAGGUCUUCCUGGUGCGGAAGGUUGGCAAUCACAACCAGGGCAAGCUCUACGCCAUGAAGGUGCUCAAGAAAGCAACGAUCGUCCAGAAGGCAAAGACUGCAGAGCACACCAUGACAGAGAGACAGGUCCUGGAAGCCGUCAGGAGUUGUCCGUUCCUCGUCACAUUACACUAUGCCUUCCAGACUGACUCCAAGCUCAACCUUAUACUAGAUUAUGUGAACGGCGGCGAACUGUUCACCCACCUCUACCAGAGGGAGCACUUCAGAGAGAGUGAAGUCCGUAUCUACAUUGCCGAGAUCAUCAUAGCCUUGGACUGCCUACAUCAGCUUGGGAUCAUUUAUCGAGACAUCAAGCUCGAAAACAUCCUAUUGGACAAAGAUGGUCAUGUGGUCUUGACAGACUUUGGACUCAGCAAAGAAUUCCUCACAAAUACCGAAGACAGAGCGUACUCUUUCUGUGGGACGAUAGAAUACAUGGCCCCUGAGGUUGUGAGGGGCGGCUCCGACGGUCACAACAAGGCUGUGGAUUGGUGGUCGCUGGGCGUCUUGACCUAUGAACUCCUGACAGGGGCUUCCCCCUUCACGGUGGAAGGGGAGCGGAAUUCACAGUCGCAGAUAUCACAACGAAUCUUAACCAGCCACCCUCCAAUGCCAAAUACAUUUUCCAAAGAGGUCAAAGAUUUUAUCAACAAGUUACUUGUCAAGGACCCAACCAAGAGACUUGGAUGCAAUGGGGUGAAAGACAUCAAAUCUCAUUCUUUCUUCAAGGGGCUGAACUGGGAUGAUGUGGCUGCUAAGAGAGUAUCUCCGCCCUUCAGACCUCACAUCAACGGGGAGCUAGACACCAGCAACUUUGCCGAGGAGUUCACGUCCCUCGUCCCGGCCGACUCACCUGCAGACAUCCCCAAGACGGCCGAUGCAAGGGUCUUUAGGGGCUAUUCCUUCAUAGCACCCUCCAUCCUGUACAGUGACAAUGCCAUCACCCAAGACAUGCUGACUCAGCCGUCUGAACACAACCGUCCAUCCCUCGCAUCCAUUCUCUCUAUACAUGAGCUCAAGGACUCACCAUUCAACAAGUAUUACGAGCUGGACAUGAAAUCAGCACCGAUAGGAGAUGGAAGUUUCUCUAUAUGCAGGAGAUGCACACAUAGAAAGACGGAAAAGGAAUACGCAGUGAAGAUCGUCAGUCGACGGGUUGCCUGUACGCAGGAGAUCACCACGCUACAACUCUGCCAGAAACAUCCCAACAUUGUCCAUCUCAAAGAGGAAUUCAAGGAUAAGCUCCAUACAUACAUCAUCAUGGAACUAUGUAAAGGAGGAGAGCUGUUGGGUAGAAUCCGAAAGAAGAAACACUUUGAUGAGCUAGAAGCCAGCAUGAUCAUGAGGAAACUCGUCUCGGCGGUGGAUUACAUGCACAGUAGAGGGAUAGUGCAUAGGGACUUGAAACCAGAGAACAUCCUCUUCACCGAUGAUUCCGACGAUGCUGAACUGAAGAUCAUCGACUUUGGCUUUGCGCGAAUCACUAACAGCAACCAGCCUCUGAAGACCCCUUGCUUCUCUCUCCACUUCGCCGCUCCUGAGGUACUCAAGAGGGCAUACGAGCAGGAUGGGGAGUACGAUGCUUCCUGCGAUGUCUGGAGCUUGGGAGUUAUCCUGUAUACAAUGUUGUCAGGCAGGGUGCCGUUCCAGGAUCCCAGUAUAUCUAAGAGUAACAGUGCAUCCGACAUCAUGAAGAGAAUCAAGCACGGUAACUUUAGCUUCGAUGGAGAGGAGUGGAACUCUGUGUCUACUCCAGCCAAGGAUUUAAUCAAAGGUUUGCUAACUGUUGACCCAAGUCGGAGAUUGACCACCGAUGAUCUCCUUCAGAAUGAAUGGAUCCAGGGCCAGCAGCUCUCCACCUCAACCCCCCUGAUGACACCAGACAUCCUCAAUUCAUGUGCCUCAAUCCAGAAGCGUGUCAAGGCCACCAUGCGUGCAUUCCACACCGCCCAACGUGAAGGAUUCCUCCUCACCGACGUGUCCAACGCACCCCUGGCCAAGCGACGUAAGAAGAAGAAGGAUUCGUCGACGGAGACUCGCAGUAGCUCCAGUGAGAGCACGCAUUCUCAAAGUUCCUCCUCACAAGAGAGUACGACUCCAACCCCUACAGCGAACCCCGUGCUCACGAUCCCCGUAACGACCGUUUCUUGUGCACCACGAACAACGACCGCUACAGGUGCGCCAUCAAUCCCUUCCGUUCAGCCUCUUCCAAGCCUCAGUAAGCAGACAGGCGCCAGAUUGGACCAGUAUGAGAGCUUGGAAUCCUUAGGUUUCUCGCCAAUCCUGCCCUUCUCUGCAGGAGGCUCGCAGGAGCUCCCGCCCCUGCUCGCGAGGCAGGAUUCUGGUUACGUCGGACAGAUGCCCUCAUACACGCAGGUCACACCAGUGCCAAAGACAAAUGUAGGACCCCACGGGGUCACCUACGCCCCCAUUCUGGACCCCUCCAUGUACCCUUGUGGACUCCAACAACCCAUCCUGGACUUCUCCAGUUCCAUCCCGGAGUAUCUUUCGGUGCAAUACGCGUCAACAGAGCAACCUUCGAUACCUAUGACAGUACCCCGAACACUUCAUCAACCCCACCCCCAUCCCCUUCCCCUCCCCCAUCAACACCUCUCGCAUUUGCCAACCAUCAGUGAAGACCCAUCCACGACGUGAUUCUACUCCCCUGCCUAUAAAGGACGGACACUGGGUGUCUGAAAGAACUUUGAAACAUAAGCAUAUCAGGGCUGUAUUAUUAAAGUAACCUCAAAAAGUGUUUUUAUUACUGUACUAAUUGAUUUUUUUGAAAGCAUGUUUAGUAGUAUUGUAUUUAUGAGAGACAGGAAUAUUAUGACAAGUACCAGAGGGGCAAACCAAAGAUGCAUGUGUGUAUGCGCAAAUGGAAAAAAGGUGCUUUGAAAACUAACUGAGAAGAACAAUGCAGAUUUGCAAGAACCUAGCACAGAUUUCAAGAAAGGCUUUAGCAUAGGUGCCUUUUGUUGAAGAUUUGUGGUGAAAAGACUUGGUAGCCUAUUUUAAAGAGCCAGCGGAAGGGCAAGAUCAUGAUUUAAAUGGAUGACACCAUGAUCCGGACUGAGCCAAUGAAGGGGCUGAACAUGAUCUGGAUGGAGCCUAUAGACUUUGAAAGGACUAAAUCAUGACCUGGCCCUGUAUUUAUCCAAUAAAAGGCCAAAAUCAUGAUUUAGACUUAGCCUAUAGCCUGUGCAAGGACUACAUCAUGAUCUGGACAUCGCAUUUAGCCUAUGAAAGGACUAAAUUAUGAUCCAAUCUGAAAUGAAGAGAUUAAAUCCUGAUCUAGAUUGAAAGUGUAGACUAUGUGGAACUUAUCUUAAGCCUAUAGAAGAACCAAAUCAUGAUUUAAACUAUAGCCUACGAUAGGACUGGAAAGAACUGGAUCUUGAUGCAGACUUAGUCUAUAAACUAUGAAACAAGGAAAUGGUGAUCUGGACCUACUUCAUGGCCAUCUAGAGGGAUUGUGCAUGUGGAACUUACGAAGACAGCUUUAGGAAAUGUCUGAACUUGAUUGAUUGUUUAGAACAACCAUCUAACAAUACCAACUCCUAAGAAAUAUAUGCACAUUUAACCAAAGUCAGUAUUUUCUAUGAUGUCAUGCAAGCAAUAAGAUUUGUUGGAAAUAUAUAUUUGUGUGUGCGACAAAACAUUUCCUUUGAUUGAUUGAUUAGUUAAUUAAUUAGUUAAUUGAUUGUAUAACACGGUAUAACUGUGUUUCAUCCAACAGUUAAAAUGGAGGAAAUAGCUGUAAACUUUAUGACCGGUUGAAUACUAAGCAAGAGAUAUCUUGCGUCAGACUCUAGAAAUUUCCAGUCAUACGAAAAUCAAUGACAAAGCUUUGUAAACAAUCAAUCAGCAUACAAAGUUACAUUGGUAUCAUGAUGUACUGGUCUUUUAUCAGUCAUUUUGAUUUUUUUUGUUUUGCCUUUGGCAAAAGCUUAAAAGCUUUUCUUCUCGCAUAUGGUUUGGAAAAAAGCACAAAUACAAUAAGCCGCUUCGGAAAUAGCACUUUGAAAAAUUACCCCCAAAUAUCCACAGAUCUUUUACCAAUAGAGACGUCCCACUUUGUGCAUUUGAGAAUAAUCACUGCCAAAGUGAUGGAGGUGCUUCAUGAAUACAUUUUGUUUGCCCUCUUGAAAGCAUCCUUCCACAUGUGUAUCAUAAAAUGUACCACUAGUGCAUAAAUGAAUAAUGAUUACAUAACUUUCAGCAGUUGUCUUGAUGGGUUUUACGGUUAUGUGCGAAUGACCUUUAUCUUCCCAUACACAGAUAGUGUCUCUGAAGUGGCUUAUUCACACAAUACCAUAAUACAGAUAUUCUAAUUGCUUCCAUACAGUUCAGGGUUAAGCACGUUGCUUAGCAGAAGCCCAAGGAGGGCAGGCCAUCCCUUGAGCAGGUGAUGAUUUUUAUUGUACACUUGGAUGCUCAUGAAUCAGAAGUAUUUGAGAGGUGUCAUGGUCUAAUCUCUUGACUGGGAAUGCGAAGGUCGUUGGUUCGAUCCCCGGUACAGCACUUUUGUCCUUGAGCAAAACAUUUUAUCCACAUUGCUCCCCUCCACCCACAUGAUAAAUGGGUACCUGCACUGUAACCGGUAGGAUGUGAACGCCAUUGUGUUUGGAUUAGCAUCUGCCCACCCGUAAAAAGGUGACUGCCUGGAAUGCUCUGCAAGAACUCCUCGGACUGCAUAUCAGACUCGGGGAUUGUUUGAGAGAAGGACAGAUUUUGACAGGUGGCGUUUGUCAGAUGUGGCCGUAGCUGGUUGGAAGAGAUAGUUACGUCACCUGAAGUUUUCCUGAUUGGUCAGUCAUUUAGUUCCCUUCCAUAGAGAUUUAACAUGGGAGGGAGCUAUUUAGAGCUCCAUGAUUUGACCUAUGACCGCUUGCAUAUGUUUAUAUGCACUUGUCACAACUAUCUCUUUCAAUAUGCUAUGGAUGUGUCAUUUUAUUGAUUGUGUUUUGCUUCAUCAUUGCAAAACAUCAUUACCUGAAUAGGUUAAAAUACUUGAAAUAUAUUUCCAACAAGUGCCUUAGUUCUUUUCUCUUUA